GGCGCCUAGUGCGCCUGCGCACAAGUGAGUGGGUGGCGGCCUACUACCUCUGCUUUGCUGUACGCUGGGCUGGCGCGGCAAUGGCGCAGCAGGGGAAACUACUCAAGGAGCAGAAGUAUGACCGGCAGCUGAGGUUGUGGGGUGAUCAUGGGCAAGAAGCUUUGGAAUCUGCUCAUGUUUGCCUAAUAAAUGCAACAGCUACAGGAACUGAAAUUCUUAAAAACUUAGUAUUACCAGGUAUUGGAUCAUUUACAAUUAUUGAUGGAAAGCAGGUCAGCGGAGAAGAUGCUGGAAACAAUUUUUUCCUUCAAAAAAGCAGUAUUGGCAAGAACCGAGCUCAAGCUGCCAUGGAAUUCUUACAAGAACUAAACAGCGAUGUCUCUGGAAGUUUUGUGGAAGAGAGUCCAGAAAACCUUCUAGACAAUGAUCCUUCAUUUUUCUGUAGGUUUACUGUUGUGGUUGCAACUCAGCUUCUUGAAAGUACGUUACUUCGUUUAGCAGAUGUCCUCUGGAAUUCCCAGAUCCCUCUUUUGAUCUGUAGGACAUAUGGACUAGUUGCUUAUAUGAGGAUUAUUAUAAAAGAGCACCCAGUAAUAGAAUCACAUCCAGAUAAUGCAUUGGAGGAUCUACGUCUAGAUAAGCCAUUUCCUGAACUGAGAGAACAUUUUCAGUCUUAUGAUUUGGAGCAUAUGGAAAAAAAGGACCAUAGCCAUACUCCAUGGAUUGUGAUCAUAGCUAAAUAUUUAGCACAGUGGUAUAGUGAAACAAAUGGACGAAUUCCUAAGAGCUAUAAAGAAAAAGAAGACUUCAGAGAUCUAAUUAGACAAGGGAUUUUAAAGAAUGAGAAUGGAACUCCAGAAGAUGAAGAGAAUUUUGAAGAAGCUAUUAAAAACGUGAACACAGCAUUAAAUGUAACUCAGGUCCCAAGCAGUAUUGAAGAUAUAUUCAAUGAUGAUCGCUGCAUAAAUAUCACCAAACAGACCCCACCUUUUUGGAUACUAGUCCGUGCCUUAAAGGAAUUUGUGGCCAAAGAAGGCCAAGGAAAUCUACCUGUUCGAGGCACAAUUCCUGAUAUGAUUGCAGAUUCAAGCAAAUACAUAAAACUGCAGAAUGUUUACCGUGAGAAAGCAAAGAAAGAUGCUGCUGCCGUGGGUAAUCACGUUGCCAAAUUACUUCAGUCUGUUGGCCAGGCACCGGAGUCCAUUUCAGAGAAAGAAUUAAAAUUGCUUUGCAGCAAUUCUGCAUUCCUUCGAGUGGUAAGAUGUCGCUCUUUAGCUGAAGAGUAUGGCUUGGAUACAGUCAACAAAGAUGAAAUUAUUUCUAGCAUGGACAAUCCAGAUAAUGAGAUAGUCCUGUACCUAAUGUUGCGGGCUGUUGAUCGAUUUCAUAAGCAGCAUGGCAGAUACCCAGGAGGUAGAGGUUGAAGAAUCAGAAGUGCAGUCACCCCUGGCUAUGUAGCAAGUUUGAGACCAGCAGGGGACAUAAGGCUCUUUCCAAAAUGAAAAAAAAAUUUAAUUAAAGGACCUAAGGUAUUUUCUCUUUAGUUCUUUGAUCAAAUAAUUAUUGAGUAUUAUGUAUUACAAAGGGACAAAAACCACACCAGAAUGCUGGGAUUAGGAUCAUCAUGCCUGGUGUCAGGAUCAAGCCCAAAGCUUUGUGCAUGCUGAGUGCACACUUUACUAACUGCCAUACCCCCGGCCCUGACAAAGAUUUAGUGAACUUCACUUUGUGGUAGAUUUUAGUUAUCUCAUUAUUUACAGAUUUCUGAUACUUCCAAAUGUUGGUUUAAUGUUUUAUUACUUUGCUCUUUAGUUUCAUACCUUACUGUUUUUAUUAGACCACCUGAAACUGGAUUAAGUAAAGGAGAUAGCCAUUAAUUUGAAUCACUUUUUUUUUCCUGAGACAGGGUCUCUAUGCAGCCUUGGCUGUCCUGGCACUCACUAUGUAAACCAGGCUAUUCACAAAC